AUGACGCGAACAGAGCCUUCUCAUAGCGCUUCGUCGUGGGAGACGAAAAGCAUCGCUGCCACGGAUGAUGGUCACCGACUUGACUCGGUCGGCCAGGAUUCUCGCCCCCGGGGUCGGAUCCGUCGCUCCAUGACCGCGUGCAAUACAUGUCGCAAGUUGAAGACUCGCUGUGACCUUGAUCCUCGGGGCCACGCAUGUCGUCGCUGUCUUUCGCUCAGGCUUGAAUGUGAGCUGCCGGAAACUCCCGAUCGAUACCAGGACAAUUCAUCUACCUGGUCGGAUGCCAAUGCAGCCAUUCCCUCCAUCGAGGAGCGACUUGUAUCUCUAGAGCGUGGCAUGGGGGAGAUGAUCCAUCUUAUGCGACAGAUGGUUAAUCAACCCACCACUAGCAGCCCGAACUUCCCGUCACGAAAUAACAGUAUAGACGAUUCCAACGACAGUGGUCCGGGUUUCACUUUAAAACCCGUUCAAUUCAUUCGCGAUUUACAAGUCGAAUGCUUCGGCGAGAGGGAUCAGUUCCCUGCCGAAGGUGAACUCCUGGGUGAUGUUGUCUCCCAGGGGAUUGUAGAUGCUAAGUUAUCAUUGAAACUAAUCGAACUCUUUGUGGAUUACUUCAGCCCCUGGGUCUCUAUAGAUCAUUCAUCAAAUAUUCAGCGGACAAAUCCUCUGCUUUUUAAUACUGCCUGCCUGCUUGCUUCCAGAUAUCUACCGGGAAUGCCUCCAAAUACUACUCAUGAGAUCGCACUCCAAGUUCAACAUGCGGUCACUAAAACACUUUGGAGAAAGUCUCCCUUGACGAACGACUUGCUACAAGCCCUCGCCUUACUCUGUCUCUAUCCUACUUCUGGCCAUAAAGAAGGCUUCAUGGACGCCUGGUUGUUGAGCGGGAUCUCAAUCAACCAUGCCUUGACUUCCUUCAAUUUUCUUCACUCUCCACCGGCCAAAGGUGUCUUGCCCGGCGAGAUGCUUCCUCAAAUGCGCCUGUGGAACAGCUUCUGUCUUACUCAUUUACAUUCCGCACUCGGCUACGGACGUACCGUCAACGUUCAAGCCCAAUAUUUCGACCACUGCUCUCGCAUCCUAGACCACCCCAGAGCCACCCCCGAAGACGGACGCAUCGUGGCCGAAAUCUCCCUCUACCGAAUCACGCUAAAGCUCCAAAACACACCCCAGCGCCUUCAAUUUGCCGAAUUCGAAUACGAAGAACUAGAACGCUGGAAAAUGGAAUGGGCCCACCUCCUCUCAAGCGAUGGCCAAUCAACCCUCGAACUAAGCAUCUGGUUCUGCCAACUCCUCCUCCACCGAACUGCAACCCGAAUCCAAGAUUCAGACCGCCUCGUCACGGAAAUCUGCAACAACGCCCGCCUAAUAAUCUCCCGCUCAAUGCAAACCCGCUUCUCCGCCGCCCCAGGCCUAAUAGACCACGUCUACUACAUCCUCGGCUACGCCGCGCUAACACUCUGCGACUACAACCCCUCCGAUCCACUAAUCGAUCAAGUCCGCGCUUUCCUCCUCCACCUUGCCCCAAGCAGCGAUCACCUCUCCUACAGAAUCGCCUUUAUCGUCGGCGAAGUCCAGCGCCGAUAUUCCGAAGCCGCGAAUGACCAUCAGUCCUCGCCGAGUGCGCAGGCUAUGAAAAGUGCCAUGUUCCCGCGCACCGAGAGCUUGGAUCUGAGUCAGCUCAUUCCGGCGCCGGGUGGAAUGGAGCCUGUCGUUGAUAGCUAUGGGGUUUUCGAUCAGAUGAUGCCGGGGUAUGGGCCUGGACCGGGCCAGGCGGCGUUUUCGGGACCUGCGCUGUUCCAGCAACAUUCUGCGCCCGUUAUGGGUGGGGCUAUGCCUAUUGGCCUGGUGCCGAGGGCUCUUCAUGAUUAUUAA